AAUCCCUAGGGUUACAUCGCUAUACGGAUAUAUGACAGAAGUACCCUAGUGAAUUCUGCAGAAGAUGAAAGACCGCCUUCAAGAGCUUAAACUGAGAGCAAAGGAACUACAGUUAUUGGAAGAAAGCAGCAAUGUUCCUAGGGUUGUGUCAGAGGAACAAGCAGAGUUUGAACAAGCAGCUGUUAUUUUUGAAAGGGAGCCUGUAACAGAAAGGUAUCUAAAUGAAAUCCAAAGACUUCAUAAUGAUAUCAACAAUUUGGCAGAUGAUGUUCAAAAGUUUAGUCAGCAACAAAAGAGCCUAACAGCUUCCAUGAGAAGAUUCAGCAUUCUUAAAAAGGAAUGUAGUGUUACAAAAGAGAUAAAAAUUCAAGCAGAGCACAUUAGCAAGUGCUUGGAUGACUUAUCAAAAACUGUAAAAAAGGUAGAAAAAGCACACGGUUCUUUAUCUGCUGUUGUGAGGGUCCUUAGCUCUCAGCGAGCUGUCCUAUUCCGUCGUUUCCAAAAUAUCAUGUUUCUGUACAAUGAUGCUAUAACAGCCAAGCAAGAAAAAUGCAAGACCUUUAUCGUGCGUCAGCUUGAGGUGGCUGGAAAGGAGGUCUCCGAGGAAGAAGCUAAUGAUAUGGUUUGGCAAGGAAAAUGGGAAAUUUUCAAUGAAAACUUGCUUACCGAAGUUAAGAUCACUAAAACUCAGUUAUCUGAGAUUGAACAGAGACACAAAGAACUGAUCAAUCUUGAGAACCAGGUGAAAGAUUUAAAGGACUUAUUCAUCCAAAUCUCACUGUUGGUAGAAGAACAAGGAGAAAUGAUCAACAGCAUUGAAAUGGAAGUAGUUAAUACUCAAGACUAUGUUCAGACAACAAGUGAGAAAUUCAGACUAGCUGCCAAGUAUCGAAAGAAAAAUCCUUGUAGAGCAAUAUGCUGUUGGUGCUUCCCCUGCUGUACAUAAAGGUCUUUCCAGGCUAU